UCUAGGCGCAAAAAGAACAUCGCCGGCAAAACCGGAGUGAAAAGUGAAAAUGUGGCCCGAGGUGGAAACCGCCAAGGACGAGAAUCGCCGGGAGCUGAAGCUGACCGGUGCGAGUGUGGCCAAGCGAAUCACCGACAACGCCGGCUGCUUGGAUGAGGCCAUCUACGGUCUCGCCUCGCUCAACCUGCUAGACGUUAACGAUACGCCGUUGCAAGUGAUUUCACCACGGCUUGCUUCGUUAACUCAUCUGCAAUCGUUGCUGCUCUUCCGGAACAAAAUUGCCGAACUUCCGGCCGCGAUCGGAACACUGGGCGAACUGAAGGUACUCGAUCUGUCCGGCAACAAGUUGACCAGCUUGCCGACCGAGUUCGGUCAGCUGCGCUCCCUGACCACGCUGAAUCUUUCCUUCAAUCAGCUGAAAACGGUCGAGCUGACGCAGUUAGCUCACCUGAGCGUUUGCAAUCUGUCCGGCAAUCAGCUGGAAGAGGUGCCGGAGUUUUACGUUGGCGAGGUGCACCAUCUCACUGAGGUUAUUCUGGAGAAAAAUCUCAUCACGGAGCUACCGGAAGCACUGACGCGGCACCAGAUACUGAAGACGCUCAACGUGGCCGAUAAUCGGAUCGAACAGGUCCCUAAGUACGUCAGCAAAUGCGUAAAACUGAAAGAAAUCAACCUCAAGGGAAAUCCUCUGAAGGACAAACGAUUGCUAAAGCUGGUCGACCAAUGCCGCAGCAAGCAGGUCCUCGAUUAUGUCGAGAAAAGUGGUUACCAAGCGCCGAAGGGAGGAUCAACGAAGGCUCCCAAAAAAGGUUCCCCAUCCGAAGCAUCAGAGGAGGCCAACGCACCAGCGGCGACUACACCAGUAGAAGAACCACCGCAACAGGAGGCUGUGGAUGAAGCUCAACUAAAGAUCGUGAUCCGCAAAGUGACACCAAAUACACCGAAAGUAUCGUUCUCGGCCGAAGCUAGAACCAUCCGGCCACAUGCACUCUUCUGCAUCGUUCGCAACUUCCCGGUGGCCGAUUUGAAAAAGUUUCUUCAGCUACAGAACAGUCUGCACGACGUCGAGUGUGCGCGGCGCGAGGUAGCGACGAUCGCGACACAUGAUCUGGCCAAGGUGAAGGGCACGGGCUUGCGCUAUCAUGCGGCUCCACCGGAGGAGAUCUCGCUUACCACGCUUGGCAGUGCCACGCAGACGAAGGUGACGGCGGCCAAGUAUUAUGCGGAUCUGCGCCAGCAUGCCGAACAGGUGCGCAAGGAUAAGAAGCGCAACACAUACUCGGGUGUGCACAAGUAUAUUGCGCUGCUCGAGAAUCAGCCACUGUUUGUGUACUUGAGCGAUGAGGAGAAGGUUAUCAGCCUCCCUCCGUUGACAAACUGUGAUGAGACGAAAAUUACGGAUACGACACGGGACCUGCUGCUCGAGGUGACGAGCGAUGUGGACCAUAAGCAUUGCGUACGUGUGAUGAAUGCACUCCUCCACCGGAUGCUCCUGAUGGACGUGGAACCGAUCGCACCAACGACGAACGGCGAAAGUGCGGCGGUGGUGGCUGGAAAAUCGAAAAAAUCGAAAGCAUCUGCGGCAUCGAAAGUGGAAGCGAUCCGGUAUAAUCGGUCGGUAACGCUGGAGGUAGAACAGGUACAGCUGUAUGAUGUCGCCGCCGGCCGGCUGCAUUCCGUGUAUCCCGGUAAAGGCGAUAUCGUAGGGGAUGAAGCGAAGGGUAUAGUGGUUGAAACGGCGUCCUAGUUUGAUUUUCAAAUCUAAAAUCCUUUUCUUUUUUUAUAACCUCAACAAACUACGUUUCCUUAACAAUGUACCUACUACAGUGAACUAAUAAAGUCCCCACUAGGGAUCGCA